CUUCACAGGCCAAAACACAUACUACCUAUAGUUGCCUAAGGCAUGUACAUAGUAGUUACCUAGGUACCAUACCAAGAGGACCUUGCAUCGUUUUUAUUGGCCCCUCCUUUUCUCUUGCUCUUGCCUCAGUGACAUCAAAGCUCCCCCCAUCAUCAAAAUCCCGACAUCCAUUCUACCAUCUCCCCUUGUUCGGCGAGUUCUGCGGCCCAUUCAUCCCCGUCUACUACGUAGAGCUGUACGCAGUCCAACUCGGCGCAUUACUCACAUCUGCUACCGUUGUUGCCGUCCUGCUUGUGCUUGCAGGCAUCUCUCCGCCUCACUGCGCUCGCUGCCUUGCGCUCGCCGCGGACCUCACAGGGCAGCAACGCCUUCUGCUAUCAUCCUGCGUACCCACCCCACAGCUUCUGACCUGAUCUCACCCAGCACACAUUGCACAUCAUGGCUACGAACGGCGCGCAACAGACUUUCGUGCUGGCAGAUGUGCUCCAGGCCAUGCUGACCAUGCGGGGUGGGGACUCGGACAAGAAGGAGAGGGCGACAAAAUAUCUGGGAGAGUUCCAGAAGUCGACGGCCGCAUGGGCUGAAUCCAUCAACAUACUGAAAUCUGGCGCUGAUCCCGCCGAUAAACUCUUCGCCGCUACUACUCUGAAAGGAAAGAUCACGUUUGACCUCCAGAGCCAGGUUCCCCGGAAUGAGUUGGUCACUGUGCGCAACCAGCUUCUUGAACUCCUACAACUAUAUGCGCCUGGCCCUAAGCCUAUCAGAGUCCAGCUCUGCGUAUGCUUGGCUAUUUUGGCCAUCCAAAUGACAGAAUGGAAAGAUGUUCUAGCUAUAGUAGUAUCAUCGCUCGGUAGCCAAAUCGAAAGUCAUGCCUGCAUUCUAGACUUCCUCAGAGUCCUUCCGGAAGAGGUGACCGAGGGACGCAAAAUCACCCUGACAGAAGAAGAGCUCAGCCAGAGGACAACUGAGCUUCUGCAAGACAACGCACCACAGGUAGUUCAACUCCUCAUCAACUACGCACAGUCGUCUCCGGAGGCUGCCACGAACCCCCAGCUUUACGAGUGCAUAACAUCAUGGCUGCGAGAAGUCCCGAUCAAUGAGAUUGUCAACUCUCCCCUAUUAAACUUUAUCUUCACUGCCCUAGAUACAGAUCGGUCUAUGCAGGCGGCUGCAGAGUGUAUUUGCACCAUCACGAGAGAGACAAAAGACGUUGAUGACAACUUCGAUACAAUACAAGUCCUACUCCCUAAAAUCAUCGCGCUACGUCCAAAGAUCCAGAAACUUGUAGAGGAAGAGGACAUCGAAUCUUACAAAUUUCUCACUAGGGUGUUCGCAGAAGCGGGUAUUGCCUGGGUUGUUGCCAUUGCGCGCGAGACCACCCAUUUCAGACCCUUAGUUGAAGCUAUUCUUGAAUGCGCUGCGAGGGAUAAGGACAGGGAUGUUAUCGACAACACUUUUGAAUUCUGGUAUGAACUCAAACUAUACCUCGUUAUCGAUAAGUAUAUUCAAGGGAGACUCGAGCUUGCCGAUAUCUAUUCGAAACUCGUUGACGUACUUCUUCAACACCUGCAGUUCCCUGAGACCGAGUCAGGAAACGAGAAGGAUCUAUUUGAUGGAGAUCGAGAGGCAGAAGAAAAAUUCCGCGAAUUUCGCCAUCACAUGGGCGAUACUCUCAAAGACUCAUGUGAAGUUUUGGGUGUGACUGCGUGUCUCACAAAAGUGCUCGACGCCAUCAAAGUUUGGAUGGAGAGGUAUGCAAGUAUGGCGACCGAUCUCAACGUGCCACAUUGGCAGAAACUGGAAGCGCCGCUUUUUGCCAUGCGCGCAAUGGGUAGCAAGGUGGAGAAGGAUGAAAAUACUGUCCUUCCGCAGCUCAUGCCACUUCUUGUACAGAUGCCAAGCCACGAGAAAUUGCGCUUUGCCACUAUCAUGGUACUCGGCAGGUAUACGGAAUGGACCGCUGAUCAUCCUGAAUUCCUAAUGGCUCAAUUCAAUUACAUUGUGUCCUCGUUUGGAACUACCUCGAAAGAGAUUCUUCAGGCCGCUGCCAUGGCGCUGAGAUAUUUCUGCACCGAUUGCAAGCACCUGUUGAGCGAGCAGGUAGUUCAGCUGCAACAAUUUUAUGACCAAAUACUCGACAAAAUCCCUCCAGUCAGCCAAGAGGAGAUCACCGAAGGGGCUGCCUACGUCGUAUCGGUGCAACCGAAGAGUGAAAUAUACAGACUUCUUAAACUCUUCUGCGAACCAUUGAUCCAGCGGCUCAUGGUCAAGGCGAAUAACGCCGUAGACCAUGAAGGAAAAUUAGCCCUUGCGGACCACCUACAAUUGAUCACCAUUUUUGGAAACAUUGUAGUCACCCUUCCUCCCGCCGAGAAAGGCGAGGAAGAUCCUGCAAUCAGAUACUGGCAAGAAGUAUUCCCUAUCCUCGCCAAAGUCUUGAGCAAUUUCCUAGACUUCGCUCCGAUAUGUGAAAGAGUAUGUCGUUGUUGGAGAUUGAUGGUAAUAGCCCAUAGGGGAGCCAUGGCGCCGAUAUUGCCUGCCAUGGCUGAUCAACUUGCGAACGGAUUCGUCAGCUCUAAACAAGGUUGCUUCUUAUGGGUCACUGGCGCGAUUCUAAGAGAGUUUGCUGAUGACCGAGACCGCGUCGAGCCGACUAUGACAGAGAACAUCUACCAAUUCUUCGAAGCACAGGCAACAAAUGUGCUACGUUUUAUUAGCGAUUUAACACCGCAAGAGCUCCCUGAUGUCACGGAAGACUUCUUUCGCCUACUUGUUGAUGGGCUACUCUAUUUCCCGCAAAAAUUCAUCCCUUCCCCCCUAUUCUCUCCGGUCUUCGAAGCUGCUACCUCUGUCUUGACGUUAGAACAGCGCGAGCCUCUAACAGCUACUCUUCAUUAUAUCCGCGACGUUUUGGCGUGGGCUGACGGUCAAGCACCUCCGCGCACCGACUCCAUUUCGCCAGCCGAUGCUGAACAGCUCGGGGCCAUUGUCAAGUCAGUUCUGAGGGCCCAGGGGUUGACUUUGGUUACACGUAUUCUCGCCGGCAUGAUGAUCACAUUCCCCGGCGAUUGCUUUGCUGAUGCAAGUGGCGCUUUACUUGCAUUAUUCCAAGUGUUGCCAGAUGAGACCCUGGCUCAAGUUGAUCAAACUCUUCGCUUGCUCCCGGCCGGAACUAUCACCCCGGUUGAGGUUGAUCGCCUAAUUGCGAAAAUAAAGAGCAAGCUAAAUGCCAACGAUACUGGUGAUGUACGGCAGAUUCGUUCCCUUAUGCAAGACUUUACGAACACGUACCGUAGAAGAUACGUCGCUCCUCGAGACGGGCUUGGCCAGUUAGAAGGGUCUAGAUUCCGCUUUGACGGCUAGUGUCCGCUAUCGCAGCCAGAACCUAUGUGUCUUGAACCUACAGGUCUAAUGUGUAUGACACUGAGCUAGAAUGAUCUGUCAAUCCAAUAUUAAUCUCAGUCAAGGGUACAUAAAGACAGGGAAGAGGAUGCUAUCUCUUCCGAACUCACCCAGGAAGCUGAAGUAGCUCACAGGUCUUCGCUUGCGGGAGUGCAUAGAUAAUAUGGGGCGGACUGGCAGAGUUAGAUGAGUGCUUCCCAGCCUGCGCAACGAAAGGGUUACGCUAGCCUAUCAAACUCGGCGACGAAAGCUAUAUGCUACUAAUUAAUAAUUUCAUGCCGAUUAAGUAGCUACGGAAUACUUUUGUCGCGGGCAGAUUUGUCGCACAUCGUCAUGUGUAUACGGGGCUUGUUUAUAUAGUCCAUCUAUUUCUGCUCAAGAAGAAUUAGGUCUAAAAUAGUAAAAUUGUAAUCUAUAUUUUCAUGGAAAG